AUGUCCCUGGGAGUGUUGGGUUACCUAUUCUUGCAAUGUCAGGGGAUUGCCUCCUCGGUUGCUGAGCCCUGGAUGUGUAGGGGUUGUCCCCCUAUCAUUCUUGGCGGUCUUACCAUAUCCUAUCCUCGCAACGCCAGGGGAUUGCCUCCUCGGUUGCUGAGCCCUGGAUGUGAAGGGGUUGUCCCCCUAUCAUUCUUGGCGGUCUUACAUUAUCCUAUCCUCGCAACGUGA